AUGUCACUCGCCGCAGUAGAAACCCCAUUACACCAUUUCCCGACAGCUCGAAAACAAAAAUCUCGAACAAAUCCCAAACCCAAAAAAUCUUCCUCGAAAGGCGACCAACAACUCCAAUCUCUAUUCUCCGAUAUUCAAGCCCUCUACGCAACCUCCAAACUAUCCCAGAAUCUCACCAAGCAAAUAACAUCGACCUUCACCAACCCAGCAACCACACCCAUUAAAACCCUCCUCUCCCUCGGCCUCGGCAGCCCAACGACCCCCAGCAAAAACCAACCCAGAAUCCUCAAACAACUCGCAAUUUUCCUCGCGCUAUCCGCUGCUCUCGAAAACGCAGGACAUGGCUUUGUGACGCUGUACGCGCAAGACCCCGUCUUCACGCGCGCAGACGAAUCUUUCCUCUCAUCCCUCGGCAUCAAAAUCUCCCGCACAUCUCGCGGUGCAGAACUCGGCGAGGCAACAGCGCUAAUCGACGCGGCCACGAUAGUGUACUCCCCGUUUCUAACGCUCGAGGCGUAUGAGGCGCUGUUGCUGCAUGCUGGGAAAGGGAGUGUGCGGUUUUUGAUUGGCGAUGACUUUGAGAAGUUACUUGCCAAGUGGCCGAAGUUCAGUGAGGAGAGGAAGCAGGUGUUGAAGUUGGUAAGGGGGGCUGUUGGCGGGUAUAGGAGGCGAGGUGUUGGUGGGGAUGGGUUUUGGGAGGAGGGAGAUGGUGCGUUCCCUAUGGCUUUAUAUGAGAGGGGCGGGGCGGGGAGUGUGAAGGCGAAGGCGAAGAUGUAG